UUCCGGUAUUGCCAGCGAAUACAGGAACUCUGUUAGGAAGUGGUUUGUUUGCUCACAGGCUGGAAGAGCCGUUUGAAUCAACAGGCAGGAAAUGAGGGUGUAGCCAGCACACAGUUCGAAGCAGACGGGCGGCCUGGUGUGCCUCUCCUGGGGCUGGGAUGUCUCUUUCGGAGCCGGACACAAACUCUGAGCAUGACCAAGAGAGUGAUCCAGGCAACUGGUCAGUGCUGGAACAGCUGGGCCUGGACCAGAGCUCAGAUUUCUCAGACACCAGUGUACAGCAGAAGCUGGAUGAAGAAAAGGAGAAGAUUAAGCGUGAGAUUCGAAAAGAGCUGAAGAUAAAGGAGGGAGCAGAAAACUUGCGCAAGGCAACCACAGACCGUAAGAACCUCUCCAAUGUGGACAACUUGCUCAAGAGUUCCAACCGCAAGCUGGAGGCCCUGCACCACCAACUGCAGGAUCUCAAUGCACAUAUUGUUGUCAAAGACCCUGAAGAGCUGGGGGAUGCCCCACAGUCGCCAGGCAGCCUGAGCCGAUCAACAGCUACCAAGAACCGCAUUGCUGGCCUGGAGAAGCAGCUCAAUAUUGAGCUGAAGGUGAAGCAGGGAGCAGAGAACAUGAUACAGAUGUAUGCCAACGGUGCUGCCAAGGAUCGGAAGUUGCUGCAGACAGCCCAGCAGAUGCUACAGGACAGCAAGACCAAGAUCAAUAUAAUCCGCAUGCAGAUCCGCAAGGCUAUGCAGGCUGACGAGGUGCAGCUGAAUAUGGAAGAUGGGCAAGGUAACACUGACCUGAGCACCAUCGAGUUGAGGAUCGAAGAGCUGCGGCACCACUUCCGGGUGGAGCAUGCUGUUUCCGAGGGGGCCAAGAAUGUGCUGCGCCUUCUGGGCUCCACCAAAGUUCAGGACCGCCAUGCCAUUUCCGAGGCACAGACCAAGCUGAACGAGUCGAGCCAGAAGCUGGACCUUUUGCGGCACUCCCUGGAGCAGCGUCUAGCUGAGCUGCCUCAAGAUCACCCAAAGGGCUGCCUCAUCAAGGAAGAACUCAUCCUGGCAUCCUCCCCGGCCUUCAGUGCCCGUAAUACCCCUUCCUACCAGCACAACCAAUACAACACCCUCUCAAAGCCAUCUCCACUGACAGGGACACUUGAAGUGCAGUUGUCGGGCUGCAGCGAGCUGUUGGAAUAUGUCCCAGGGCGCACCCGUGGCUCCACUGUCUCCCUGCCGUGCAACAGCCCUGGUGAAGCGCGGCCAUCUUUCAUGAGCCGCAGCGGGCGAGGCCUGUACAGCCGAAGUGGCAGCGUAAGCGGCAGGACCACCAUCAAAUCAGAAGAUAAUAGCAAUGAGGUGAGUGCUGUGCUGAAGCUGGAUAAUGUAGUUGUCGGCCAGACGGCCUGGAAACCCAGCGGUCUACAAGCCUGGAAACAGACUUUCACAGUGGAGCUGGAGAGGGCACGAGAGCUCGAGAUUGGUGUGUACUGGCGUGACUACCGCAGUCUCUGUGCCCUGAAAUACCUGAAGCUGGAGGAUUUCCUUGACAACCAGCGCCAUGAAAUCCACCUGGAGUUGGAGCCACAGGGCAUUCUCUUGGCAGAGGUUACCUUUUUCAACCCUGUCAUCGAGCGCAUACCCAAGCUCCAGCGGCAAAAGAAGAUCUUCUCCAAGCAGCAAGGGAAAGCUUUCCUGCGCGCCCGCCAGAUGAACAUUGACAUUGCCACUUGGGUGCGACUCCUGCGGCGCAUCAUCCCCACGGCCAACACCACAGGCACUUACAGCCCUUCGACGCAGAUGACCCCAACAUCUGGCUCCGAAAGCAGGCACAGCCUCAACUCUGGGGACAUUGCCAUUGAGAAGCUGAGCUUGGAUGGGGACAGAAUUCAAAUCGAGCAGGUGGGCCAGGAUGACAGUGAGCUUCCUGGGAAGGUCUUGUUGACCUCACAAGUUGGGGAGGAGAUUCCCUUCCAGGUGGAGCUGGGCCCAGGAGGGGAGGCAAGAGGAUCUGAUGGUACUUUUUAUAGCAGCCACCUGAGAAAAAUGCCUCUUGCAUUGGAUGACUUCCGAUUUGUCGCUGUGCUGGGGCGUGGCCACUUUGGCAAAGUGCUGUUGUCCGAAUUACACCGCACAGGGGAGCUAUUUGCUAUUAAAGCCUUGAAGAAGGGUGACAUCGUUGCAAGGGAUGAGGUGGAGAGCCUGAUGUGCGAGAAGAGGAUCUUUGAGAUUGUGACCCAUGCACGACACCCCUUCCUAGUGAACCUCUUCGCCUGCUUCCAGACACCCCAGCAUGUCUGCUUUGUCAUGGAGUACACAGCAGGCGGAGACCUCAUGAUGCACAUCCACACGGAUGUAUUCACAGAGCCACGUGCCACGUUUUAUGCUGCUUGCGUUGUGCUGGGGCUGCAAUUUCUUCACGACCACAAAAUUGUAUACAGGGAUCUGAAGCUGGAUAACUUACUGCUGGACACAGAGGGUUUUGUGAAGAUUGCAGACUUCGGCCUCUGCAAAGAAGGGAUGGGCUAUGCUGACCGCACCAGCACCUUCUGCGGGACUCCAGAGUUCUUGGCUCCUGAGGUGUUGACAGACACAUCAUACACAAGAGCCGUCGACUGGUGGGGCUUAGGGGUCCUUAUCUAUGAGAUGCUUGUAGGGGAGUCCCCAUUCCCUGGAGACGACGAAGAGGAAGUAUUUGACAGCAUCGUCAAUGACGAGGUGCGCUACCCCCGUUUCCUUUCCACGGAGGCCAUCGGCAUCAUGCGCCGGCUGUUGCGGCGAAACCCAGAACGUCGCUUGGGCUCUAGUGAGCGAGAUGCUGAGGACGUGAAGAAGCAGCCAUUCUUCAGGAGCAUUGACUGGGAAGCCCUGCUGGCCCGCAAGAUCAAGCCACCGUUUGUGCCAGUAGUCAAGGGGCGCGAAGACAUCAGCAACUUUGACGAGGAGUUCACAGCCGAAGCGGCUAUGCUGACGCCGCCCCGUGAAUCGCGGCCCCUCACCCAAAAAGAGCAAGAUGCCUUCAAGGACUUUGACUAUGUUUCCAAUGCCUGCUAGCUCUAGGAGUUGGGGGGCAAGGAGAUUCCCACCCUCAAAGGAAAAAAAAACACCACCACUGCCAGCCCUGUAUGGGGCAGGGCUCUGCUCCACCAGUGACUCAAGACGCUUGCUAGCCCUGCUGUUAGCUCCGCGAGUGGAGCUGGGACAGCCCAGCAGCACUGCCAACUUCAUGGGUGUAGAGUUAAUGUUCACCGACAUAUGCCAGCUCUGAGCCUAGACCGCGAAAGCCCCAGAAGUACUUCUGCACCCUUCAGGACACAGUAUCAUUCAUGCAGACACUUGGACACUGGCUAGCUCUAGGGGAGGGGCAGAGAAAGAGAUAGAAAGAAAGACGGCCAAGUCCAAUAGAACAGACGCUGUUGGCCCCGAGACUUGGGCAGAGGAGUCUCUGCGAUAGCAUGUGCUUAUCCACUGAUUCCCAAACUGCCUGCAAAAA